AUAUGAACAAACUAAAUCCGGGGGAGGUAAAGAGAUAAGGGGAUGUGGUUACAUCAACAGCAAUUUAAAAAAUGUGACGGUUUCUUCCUUGCUUAAAUUCAUCGUCAUCUUCCUUCUGGAAAUUCAACCAGCGUUAGGCACCAACCCUCUCCCCAGGCAGCAAUCUAACCUUUAUAACAAAACCCCAUAACCAUCUCUCUCUUCGUCUUCUCCAAGUUUCUUCAGCUCAACAAAAGAUCUCUCAACACCCCAGUUUCCCGGUUGCUUUUGGAGUUGGCUUCCUAGAACUCCAGGUUAUAUCUACCUGUUUCACAAGGGUUAAGUUUUACCCAGAACAAACUAGUGUUGAAAUCAAGUGAUUUGUGUUAAUAUUUACUUUGUUUCGGAAAAGAUGGGAGGGAUUUCAAGCUUCCAAUUGGGAGUUAUCGGUGCCCUGUUUCUGUCAGUUGCAUCAUCUGUCUCCAUUGUCAUAUGCAACAAAGCUUUGAUGAGCAAUCUUGGCUUCCCUUUUGCCACAACACUAACAAGCUGGCAUCUAAUGGUAACAUUUUGCACCCUCCAUGCGGCGCAACGCUUCAACCUGUUCGAGAAUAAACCAAUUGACAUCAAGACCGUGAUGCUCUUUGGCAUCCUCAAUGGCGUUUCCAUUGGACUUCUCAACUUGAGCCUUGGAUUCAACUCCAUUGGCUUCUACCAGAUGACCAAGCUUGCAAUCAUCCCAUUCACUGUACUAUUGGAAACCAUCUUCCUAAAGAAGCAAUUCAGCCAAAAGAUAAAGCUGUCACUCUUCCUUUUACUUGUUGGAGUUGGCAUUGCCUCCAUCACUGAUCUCCAACUCAACUUUGUUGGCACAAUCCUCUCUCUUCUUGCCAUUGUCACCACAUGUGUUAGCCAAAUUCUGACAAACACCAUACAGAAGAGGCUGAAUGUAUCUUCAACCCAGUUGCUGUACCAAUCAGCCCCAUUUCAGGCGGCCAUUCUUUUUGUCUCAGGUCCUUUGGUCGACCAAUUUCUGACCAAACAAAAUGUGUUUGCUUUCAAAUAUUCCCCCAUUGUCUCGGCAUUUAUCAUCCUCUCAUGCAUAAUCUCAGUAUCUGUAAACUUUAGCACAUUUCUGGUAAUUGGGAAAACAUCGCCGGUGACAUAUCAAGUUCUUGGCCACCUCAAGACUUGCUUGGUUCUUGGCUUUGGCUAUACGCUGUUGCAUGACCCUUUCACCCAGAGGAACAUCAUCGGGAUCUUGAUUGCCAUUUUUGGGAUGGGCUUGUAUUCUUAUUUUUGCACCCAAGAGAGCAAAAAGAAACAAGCUGAUCCAUUGGGGUCUCAGAUGAAAGACAAGAUGGAACAGCAUAUAUGGGUUUAGAGAAAGAAGGGCAAGAAGGGAAGAAUUCAGACAAGGAUUCUCAUGUUUAAAGGCAAAACAGGAGUGGGUUGUGUUAGAGAGU